CUUGCGACGCUAGCGACGCGCGGCACCGGCAACGCGCAACGCCCCUGAGCAGAGUUUGUCGCUUUGCUUUGGCCCGGUGUCGGCAGAAAUUUGCAUCGUGUAGUUCGGUAGAAGUGUGCAUAUUCAUUUCUUCGGGUUGCAAAAUGUUUGCUCGCUCAUCAAAGAACCUCGUCUCUGUCGCUUCGUCAACGACACAGCGAUUCUUUUCGACAUCUUCAAAGAACAAUGUCAAAGUAGCCGUUCUUGGAGCCAGCGGGGGUAUUGGGCAGCCGCUAUCUCUACUCCUCAAACAGCACCCAUCUAUUACGUACCUCUCCCUCUACGACAUUGCACACACUCCAGGCGUUGCGGCCGAUCUCAGCCACAUCAACACACGUGCCCAAGUCAAAGGCUUCACAGGACCCAAUGAACUCGGCGCUGCCCUGCAAGGUAUGGAGGUUGUCGUAAUCCCAGCUGGAGUGCCUCGUAAACCAGGCAUGACACGUGACGACCUCUUCAACACAAAUGCGUCCAUCGUACGAGACCUGGCCGACGCAUGUGCAAGGAACUGUCCCAAAGCUCUCGUGUGCAUAAUCUCAAACCCAGUCAACUCAACCGUGCCAAUUGCUUCCGAGGCCUUCAAGAAGAAUGGAGUCUACGACCCAAACCGCAUCUUUGGUGUCACCACAUUGGACAUCGUGAGAUCAAACGCCUUCGUUGCUGAGGCUAAGGGUUUGGACCCAGCAUCUGUCAGUGUGCCAGUCAUUGGAGGUCAUUCUGGAGUCACUAUUAUUCCCCUCAUCUCUCAAGCAACCCCAUCCGUGAGCUUCCCACAGCCUGAGCUAGAAGCCCUUACAAAGCGUAUCCAGGAAGCUGGCACUGAAGUUGUUAAGGCUAAAGCCGGAGCUGGCUCUGCAACAUUAUCGAUGGCAUUUGCUGGUGCUCGGUUUGCAUUUUCGCUCAUCUCUGCAUUGCAAGGAAAAGAGGGUGUUGUUGAGUGUGCGUUUGUGAAAUCGAAUGAAACUGAAGCCAGCUAUUUCUCAACACCGCUUCUCCUUGGCAAAAAUGGCCUGGCUAAGAACCUUGGUCUCGGAAAGCUUUCCCCCUACGAGACUGAACUAGUGAAGAGCGCACUCCCAGAACUCAAGAAUAACAUCAUCAAGGGAGAAGAAUUCAUUAAGAAGUGAAACUGGCUGCUGCUAAGUCUGUAGGGAAUGAUUUCACCCAUCGUGAACUUCUGUAUGGGAAAUAUGUGGAAGUUGUCAAGUGUAGUUCACUACUGUUGGCAAACAUGUUUAGCUGUACCUGCUUCCAUUUAUUGUCGCCUGUAUAGCAGUAGAGAAUAAACCGUUGGACAGGA